AUGACUGUUAAUUAUUUGAAAAAAAAAAUACCUUAUGAGGCAUGCUCUGAGGAUAACUCGAAAUCUUCUUUUGUGACGUGGGUUGAAACAUUCAGCGAUUUUGAAAAAUUACAAAGAAUUUUUGCCAAUCUUCUUGGAUUUCAAAGAAGCGUUAAGUCUAUGACUGAAAGAUUAGACGAAGCACUAGUGCGUAUAUUCUACUGUGUGCAACAACAUUAUUUCAAAGAAGAAAUUGAGCUGCUAUUGAAGAAUAGAGAAUUGCCAGCAAACAGUAAAUAUAAAAAUCUGAGCAUUUUUGUAAAAGAUACUUAUGGUGUUCCGCUACUACGUGUUGGUGGGAGAUCAGCGAAGGCUGCAUUACCAUAUGAUGCUAAACAUCAAAUUUUGUUACCGAAUAACUCAGAAAUCGUUUGCAGUUUUGUACGAUUUCUUCAUUUCAAAUAUUUGCAUGCUGGUACGCAAGCGCUUAUGGCUAUAGUUAGGCAGCGAGUUUGGAUAUUUCAUGCUAGAGGAGUAAUACGCAAAAUUACUGGUAUUUGUCCACAAUGCUUUAGAUGCCAUCCAAAAUUGAGUAAUCAGAUUAUGGGCGAUUUACCCCCUUCUAGAGUCACCGUAGCGAGGCCAUUCACUGUGACUGGAGUGGACUUUUGCGGCCCUAUUACAACAACGUAUCUACUUCGUGGGUACAGAACAACAAAAAGCUAUAUUGCUGUUUUUAUUUGUUUUGCCACAAAAGCUGUGCAUAUGGAGGUGGUCUCUGAUUUGACUGCAAAGGCUUUCCUGGCUUCAUUAAAAAGAUUUGUAUCUCGACGCGGCUUAUGCUUAAAAUUAUUUUGCGACAAUGCCACUAAUUUUGUGGGUACUUGUAAAGAGCUCGAAGAAAUGAAAUGCAAGUUUUUUGAUCAACAAGUACAGGGCAAGAUUUCAAAAUAUUGUACUGCCAAUCACCAGAUCCCCCCACUUUGGUGGACUAUGGGAAGCGGCUAUAAAAUCAGCAAAAUAUCAUUUGGCUAG